AUGGACAUUGACUACAUUAUUUCUCUUUGUCAGCAGACAGUUCCCUCGUGGUCCAAUGUUCAAAAGGAGUCAUGCAGCUUAAAACGACUUGUAGGAAACUCUAACACGGUCUGCGUAGUAGAAACUUCUUUAGAUGUUCAUCCUCGUCGUAUAAUUUACAGAAUAUUCGGUAAUGGUGAGACUUUAAAUCUACAACAAACUUCAACAAUCUUUAAAAGACUCUCAGAGACUGGAAUCGCACCAAAAAUUUAUUUAGAACUUGAGCACGCAAGGCUUGAAGAAUUUAUAGAUGGCAGCAGAAAUUUACAAAGGGAAGAGUUCUAUCAGCCCCACAUAAUUCAGCUGAUUUCUCAGAAAUUGAGGGAAUUUCAUGCCCAGGAUUUGUGUGAUAUUGUGAAUAAUGAAGAUUUAGUGCAUAUGAGCUUGGCUCGCAAGUGGAGGGAUUUAUCAAUAAUUAAUUUACAGAAAUAUAGGAAUAGUGAAAGAGAAGAGGAUAUUAAAGAAGCUAUAGAGUCUUUGGAUGAAAAAUAUUUAGAUAUGUAUAGAAAUAUACAGCCGAUCGGAUCGCCUGAAGUAUUUGCACAUAUGGACACAAGCACUUUAAAUUUUUUAUAUGUAGAGGAUGCUGAUGCAAUCGUGAUUAUUGAUUAUGAUUACUCAGGAUAUUCAUAUAGAGGGUACGAUAUUGCAUUGCUUUUAGAAGAUGUUGUAUAUGAUUAUAACUACUCUGAGUGGCCUUAUUACUUAUAUAACAGAGAUAUGGAAGCUUCUGAUGAAAUUAUUGCUCAGUACGUAAAAGCAUAUGGAGAAGGCCCUGAAAUGUUUAUUGAAGUUAAAAAGUGUAUGAUAUGUACUCACUAUUUCUGGGCUGUCUGGGCGUUUUCUCUAUACUACGAAAACAGCCCUACAAUGGACAUGCUGAAGUACGGCUUAUCAAGGUUUCACGAUUUUCUUUCUCGAUACUCCGAAUUUAAUGAAGACCUAUCGUCAGGUGCUCUUCAACUUACAAUAGAUAAAUUAUUUAGCCAAGUUUAA